AUGGAUAUCUUAUAUAAAAAAGUAUUUAAUAAUAAAUUUUUACAGAAUAAAAUUUAUAAUUAUAUUCAAUUCAAAGAUAGAGAAGAGAAUAAUAAUGAUUUAGAGAAAUGUUUUAAUGAAUAUAUUAAGUAUUAUAAUGUUCAAGAUUUAGAGAUUGAAAGAUUGGUAUUAAGAAAAGAGUAUAGAUUAUUAUUUGAAACUAUUGAUAAUUAUUUUCAAUAUGGUAUAGUUGAUCCAAUCCGAUAUUGGUAUUAUAUAAUCACACCAAGUAAAUAUGAGAUUAAAUUAUUGAUUCAAUUGAGUGGAUUAGGAUUCGAAAGAUUUCUAUUACUUUAUAACGAAUUCACAAUACUAUUCAAAAGAUUAAAACACCAACUAUUAAGAAACGUAUUAAUUAGUGGUAAUGAAGAGAUAUUCAAUUUCCUUUUGAACAAAGGUUAUAAAUUAAAUCUAACAAUUAAUUGGGAUAAUUCUGAAUUUUCAAAAUUAAAUUGUGCUGGUAAUAUUAAUUUAUUUAAAUUAAUAAUUGAAAAUCAUUAUACUCGUUUCAAUAGUGAUUUAGAUUUAAUCUCAUUUAAAUUAUUAUUAAAAUUAUCAUCUCAAAUUAGAUAUCAAAUUGGACAAGUAAAAAGUAAUAGUUUUUAUUUAUCAGUUCAAAAUCAUAAUAACAAUCCAUUUUAUUCUUCUCCUCCAAGUAAUAAUAAUAAUAAUAAUAACAAUGGAUCUAUAUAUAAAAUUUAUCAUACAGAAAUUUCAAAUGAUUGGAAUAAUGAUAAAUGUUGGUCAAAUUUUAAUUAUUUAGAUAUUUAUAGAUAUUUAAUGAAUAGAGUUGAAAUUACAUGUAUACCAAUUUCAAAAUUAUUUGUAUCAUUUAGAGUUUCAGAUAUUUCAUUAGCAAAAGCAAUUUGUGAAUAUAGUAAUGAAAGGGUUCAUCAUCAAACUGGUGAAGGUAUUGAUGAAGUUGAUUCUUAUAUUACAAAAUUGGGUAUAAUCUUAAAUACAUUGAAAUAUCGCAAUUCCUAUAGAUCUCAAUUGCUAUCAAUACCACAAAGUAUUUAUCAAGUUUUAAAAUUCACAUUAGAGAAUCAUAUUAGUAGAGAAAAGAAAACUGACCAACUUUAUGGUAACAUUGAAAAUAUUUUUAAACCAAUCCAUUCAAAACAUCCAUUUGCAAAUGAUAUAUCUCAUCAUCAUUUAAAUGAUGAUCCAACUAAUCCAGUAACAGUUUAUUCAAUCAAUUAUAAUCAACUAAAUGAUGAUGAUGAUAGAUUAUUUAAAUUAUUUUUAGAAAAUGAUUAUUUACCAAAUUGUUUAGAUGAAUUUAAAUAUAUGUUAUCAAAGAAUUUAAAAAUUAAAAAUGAAUCUGAUAAUAUUGGUAAACUAUUUAUACAUUGCUCAAAUCAGUUAACAGAUUUUGAAUUUUUAAAAUUUUGUUAUCAACAUUAUCAACCAAAUUCAAAAGAAAUUUUAAAAAAUGUAAUUCAUGAUUGUAUUAUUUCAACAUUUGAAAUUUCAACAUGGAUUAUAAAUCAAGUAUUUCCUUAUGGUUAUUGUAAUAGUGAUAUUAAUCAAUUCAUUCCAAAGUCUCCAUCAAAUUAUUGUUUACAAAAUUUAAUUAUUUUUGAUCAAAAAUCACUUGAACUAGUAUUACCAAUUAUUAAUAUCGAUUUAAAUCUAUUUAAAUCAAUAAUUGGCUUUAAAAAUUCAAAUUUUUAUUUUGUUUUCAUUCAAUUAUAUAAAAAAUUACUUUUAGAAAAAGCUAAUGAUCCAACAAGUGUAUCCAAUAUAACAAGUGAAAUAUUGAAAUCUAUUUACUAUAAAGAUUGGUUCCCAUUAUUUAAAUAUAUUCUUGAUAAUGAUUAUAAAGGUAAUAAUGAAAAAAUUCAAUCUAUCUAUAAAUCUUUUAAAAAAACUCAACCUUAUCAACUUCAUCCAAAAUAUCAUUCAUUAAUUCAAUUUACUCUAUCAAAUAAUAUUAAUAAUAAUAAUAAUAACCAUCCAAAUUAUUUAAAUUUCAUUAUUAAUUCAAUGUAUCAAAAUGGUGAACAACUUUUAAAAGUUUAUGAUGGUAGUUUAUCAACAAUUAAAAAUAAUUUACAAUCAAUUAAAUUUAAUUCAACAAAAGUUUUAAAUAAUGUAUUUGAAAAUAUUAUAUCUCCUCAUUAUAUAAUUCCAAAUCAAAAUAAUAAUAAUAAUAACCAUUCAAAUUAUUUUAUUUCAAGAUUAAUUGGAACAAGUAUUAAGAAAUUUUAUUUUUUAUUAAAUUUUAAUGAUAAUGAUAAUAAUAAUAAUAAUUAUAUUAGUGUUAAUAAUAAUUUUUUAAAAAUUAAUUUUAAAAUUAUAAUUAAAGAAUCAAUUUUAUCAAAUUAUUUAUCAAUUUUAAAAUAUAUAAUUUUUAGAAAUGAUAAUAAAGAAAAAGUAUUUGGUAGUAGUAGUGAUUUUCAAUUUAUGAUUGAAUUUCAUUCAUACUUUUUAUUUUAUUCAAUAUUAUCAUUUUUAGAGAAAAGAAAUAAUAGAAAACAAUAUUCAAUUGGUAAUUCAUUAUUAUUAAAAUCAUCUUUAGAAAUUGUUAAUCAUUGUAUAGAAAUUUUUAACAACCAUUCAAUAUAUUAUCAAUUAAAUCAAAUUUUAAAUUUUAUUAAAAAUGAAAAUGUUUCUUUAAUAUUAUUUAAAAAUAAUUUAAAUUUAUUUUUAAAUAAUAUUAAUCAAAUAUCAAUUAAUGAAGAUAAAUUAAAAAAAUUUUUAUUAAAUUUAAAAAAAAAUAUAAAUGAAUAA